AUGAUCCUGACAGGUAUUCUUCGACACUAUGCCUCGGUAAUGCUAGCUACCGCCCCAAAGAAGGUCGACCAGAAAGCGACGCGGGAGCAGAGAUCGCUCGUACACGGCAUCAGUGUGCGAAGCAACUUUCACGCGCUGUCCAAGAAAUCAUUCAACACUCGGAGGGAUGCUCUGAUUACCGCCUACGAAUCGGGCGCAUAUCUCAAGGCGCCUGAAAACCGCGGCCAAGCCCCGCCGAAUCCCAUGACCGACCCGAACGCUAUGGAAGGCAUGAUGGGCAUGAUGAAGAAUCAAAUGGCGAUGAUCAUUCCGAAUACCCUGAUCAUGAGCUGGAUCAACGCAUUUUUCAGUGGUUAUGUCAUUAUGAAACUCCCCUUCCCGCUGACCAUCAAGUUCAAGAGCAUGCUCCAGGCUGGGGUUGCUACGAAAGACAUGGAUCCGCGGUGGAUGUCAAGCAUCAGUUGGUAUUUCUUGUGUAUUUUUGGCCUACAACCUGUCUUCAACUUCCUUCUAGGAAGCGACAAUGCUGCAAGCCAAAUGGCCCAACAGAUGGGCCAGAUGGGCCCUCAGGCCCCUCAGAUGUUUGGACCUGGUGUGGAUCCUGACAAACAGUUCAUUGGAGAGGCCGAAAACAUCGCGGUGAUCGAGCACUACUCCGUGCUGGAUGAUGUGGAGGGUCGCCUGCUUCAGGGUAUCAAGAUAUAG